ACAGUCAGCCAUUCGCAACGUGACCACAGGGCGGUUCAGCUGACUUUUGCUCAUUUCUUGGAACCGUUAUCUUUUGCGUUGAUAUAACAUCUGAUAUCUCUCCGAGGGAUAGGCCAGGUACCAUACGGUAGUGACUGCGCUAUUCCAGAUGCUGAUCUAGGAUCCAGGUUGUGACUUUGAUUCACUACUCUAGAGACAUCGAUCCAGUUACAAGUGUCUUCACUGGUCCAGUCACUGAUCUAGGAUCAGAUAUGCUGAUCUAGGAUCCAGUCAGUCCAGACAUUGAUCUAGGAUCCAGUCCCAACGCUGGUCUAGGAUCCAGUCGUGUCUACACCAGCCAAGAUGAAUGCUGACAAGGGAGAUGAUGUGGAUGAUUUAGCAGAGGACCUGAGUGCCUUUGCCAUGCCGUACCUUGAGGAGGGGCGAGAGUCCAGUCUGUCUCCGGACGGGGAGGUGGCCAGCCUGAUGCCACCCCGCGACCAGGUCAUGUCAGUGGAGGCCAGGAGGGUGGCAGGGGACAUGGCCCAGUAUCGUGCAGGAAGGCAGCUUUCCGCGCCGCCCAAGAUGGAGAUCAAGCAAGUGUACGGCCGUCCGACCACACCGCAGGACAAACCCGACAAAACCUCACCCAAAAGCCCCUCCAACAAAAAGCGCAUCAGCUUCCCCUCCCCCCUGAAACUCCGCAUGCCUGAUUUUAGGCUGUCACCACAGGCAAGCCGCAGGAGAGCGCAUACAUUCUCUGGGGGAGGGCGUCCGGAGGUUGUCACCCGCGUACAGCUGGAAAACUACGUAUUUGAGCCCGGAAGGCCGGAAUCCAGACUACGGACAAGAUCACUAAGUGGUCCAGGAGGAUCAGCUGUCAAGCAGGACCUCAACAAAGAGGCAGUGCUUCGGCAACGGUCGCGGACUAUGAGCGGACAGAACAACGGCGCAGAGCGACCGUUCUUCCUGAUCCAGAGUUCAGAUCCACUAGCUAUGAAGAUGCAGCAAGCACCACCACCCAUAGAAGGAGAUGAUGCUGUGUAUACUAAUUUCAUGAAGUCACACCAUAUAUAUGACAUCAUCCCAACGAGCUCCAAACUAGUUGUGUUUGACACACAGCUACUGGUGAAGAAAGCCUUCUUUGCGCUAGUGUACAAUGGUAUAAGGGCUGCUCCACUGUGGGAUAGUAGAACUCAGAACUUUGUAGGAAUGUUGACAAUCACGGACUUCAUCAAUGUGUUACAAAAGUACUACAAGUCUCCACUGGUCCAGAUGGAUGAACUGGAGGAACACAAGAUCGCCACAUGGAGAGAGGUGCUAGGACUGACCAACCGGCCACUUGUCAGCAUAGACCCAGAUGAAACGUUGUUUGAAGGCAUUAAGAGACUGAUCGGGUGCAAGAUCCAUCGUCUUCCUGUCAUAGACGAGACCACGGGCAAUGCAAUCUACGUCCUCACUCACAAGAGGAUACUCAAGUUCCUCUGGUUGUAUCUAAAAGACAUCCCCAAACCAGACUACAUGAACAAUACUCUAGAGGAGCUGGGCAUCGGGACCUAUUCCAACAUAGCAACUGCCCCUGCUGACAUCCCCCUAAUCCAGGCCCUGCAUAUCUUUGUACAGCGGAGGGUGUCUGCUCUACCCGUGGUUGAUGACAAUGGGAAAGUUGUGGACAUCUAUGCCAAGUUUGAUGCAAUUAAUCUGGCAGCUGAGAAGACGUACAACAACCUGGACAUCACGAUCCGGCAGGCGCUGCAGCACCGGAGCCAGGGGUUCGAGGGCGUGCACCGCUGUCUGAAGACGGAGACUCUGGACACCAUCUGUGACAGGGUGGUCAAGGCAGAGGUACACAGACUGGUAGUGGUGGACACAGAUGACUGUGUGGUGGGAGUGGUCUCACUCUCGGAUAUACUCAAGUUCCUGGUCCUCAAACCUGCAGGGUUGAUGCCCUUGCGCCCGGACGCAACGAUUACCUCGCAGCCCGUGUCGGAGCGAACAAACUCGCCAAACACGCAACCCUCCACCCCUCCCGGCGAAUAAUCAACACCAGACGGAACCAGUUUAAACCACCUACGACCGGAAACAGAAGAACAUGAGAUACACAACUUACAGUGAUUAUAAUAAAGUUUACUACCUACUCUUGACUGUGACACUGUGAGGCACAAAUAUUCAUUAAACAUUAAUACUACGGUAGAUUCGCUGAAGAUAUAGCGUAGUCUGUCGAGAACUGCUAGGAGCUAGCACAAUGACAAUCUAACUUGGAGCAGAGGCUGGUCUUAUGUGGAGUACAUGAACAUAUCAUGUGUUGGUCAAUGAAGACCUCGUAGAAAAGAAGUUGUUCUGUCGUCUUUAAAUGCUUCGGGAAGGUUUAACUGUAGUUUGGGAGCAAUCUAGACUUGAGGACUAAGUCACAUAGUUUAUAACUACAUUGUUCCUACAGCACAAGUACAUGUAUGGUUGUGUGAACCAAUCAAAAUAAAGUUUUAUAGUCUUAAAGACAAACCCUUCAUGUAACAAACUUAGCCACCAAUCAUAGUGAAGUUGAAGCACUUAGAUUAUCUUUGUGUUUUUUGUUCAGGAGGUCUGUACUGACUAACGCAUCACAACCUGUCCACGGUUGUGUUAAAAUGUAUGUUUUCAGAUGGCAGCAAAGAUUUAGAUAGGCAGACUUUGUACAAACAAGUUGAGGAGUGCUACAUAGUUCACACAAUGUGGUUUUGUCUAGAGUAGUGUUUGUAUUCCAUGCAUGCAUGGUGCUACUAGAAUAUCUGUAAAAUGCCAAUCCAUGGUUUAGAUGCCCUUAAAAUUGAUACUCACACAGAUUUGUUUAUUUUCUUGCUAACAUUUCAUAUAAGCCUAAUGCACUGACAUUUCAUAUUCUAAUUUUGAUGGAAAUUUUCACAUUUCUGUAUUCUGUGAUCUCACAAUCUACUGUGAAAUAUGCAUGUGAACAAUGUUUUGUUUUCUAUAUCUCAGCAUGGUGAUUUUGUAGUCCCCCAAAACUUCCUUUCUUUGCCACUCACACAAUAUUUAGUAUAGUGUUUAGUACCAACAAGCUUUCAUUUAAACUCCCCGGAAGAUACUCAAGCAAACCAUUGCAUUGUGUCAAACUAUGGUGCAAAGACAAGUUUAGUAGAUGUUGUUGUCAUUGUCUUCAAAGUUUGUAUUGUUUUAGUAGGAUGAAGUAUACGUAUGGAUGUGUCCAUAGAUGACACAGUGGUUAUGAACCAAAUAGAGCUCUGCAAAGUGUACAGCUGUCUUUAUUAUAUGACUAUUACUGUGUACAUAAACAAAAUAGUGUAAACACGGCACAUAUGCAAAUGUGCAAAAAGAGGCAUAUGGAUUAUGGAGAUGUAAAGAAGAGAAGAUUUAUGAGUUGUUUAACCAGGAUGUCUUUCAGUUUGCUUUGAAGGUCUGUGGGUCAUGUUUUGUAUGCUUCAUUAUCUGGUCUAAAUUUCUAUGAUAUGACUGUGUCACUAUGUCACCUGUACAUGGUUCAGGAUGAUUUCAGGCAAUGUAUAGCAAAAAUGUGGAAGAUUAUAAAAACAUUUCUCUGAACUAUUCUACAUACAAAUAUUGCAUCUGCUGGUAGCCUAGGUGUAGCUAUGAGUCGUUGAUUGAACUCUGUCAUCAUUUUGAUAUGUAUUACCAAUGUCUCCCCACACAUUUUCACAAAUGUUGAAGUCUAAAUGCAAGACUACAUUGUAGUUGUGGUAAAAUGUUGAACAAUAUGUGAGUCUGACAUUGUUAUCAAAACUGGAGAAAUGAUACAACUUUUUGAAAUUGUCCCUCCCACAGACUGUCAAAGCAGAACCUUGUACAGGGGAGCCUUAUAUGAGCGUGUAUGCAAAAAUGUGCACAACGAGAUUUUGGUUAAGCCGGGAUGUACCAUUAUUUCUCAUCAGGCCUGAAUGAAAAAGUUGGAUGUUCCAUUAUUCCAUAUUAACACAUCAUGAAGAAUAUUUCACGAAAACUAUAAGAUUAAAACUAGAAUGCUUGACUUUAAUGAAAAACAGUUCUCAGGUCUUUUGAGAAAUUCUGGUACAUCUAUACUAGUUUUGAUUGUUCCUAAUAAAAAGUAAGGUUGUCAGUACCAAAAAUGAUCACAUGAUCUUAUAACCAGGACAGAAUGACAGUUCAGUAACUUUUGAGAUGGAUUCUCUUUUGUCCAUUGGCAAUGGUUGAAUUGUACAAUUAUGAUGUCUCGUUUUGUUGAAAAGUUGUUGGCCUUGCGAAUGUUGAACUGUUUUUGCUGUCUUGUUUAGAAGAUCUGGUGCAAUGAGGUUUUGAUGCCAGGAGUAACAUGUUAACCAAAGUGUCACUGACUUCAGCAUUCUCUGCAAAGUGAUUAAUGCUGCAUUAGAGUAAGAGGAAAAGAAAUGUUAUGUUUUCUAAUGUAUCAAAAGAUGCCAAUGGUCAAGUGAAAUUGAACUGCCGUGUUUGGAUUUAGUAUACUGGAAAAGAAAAUGAUGGGGUUUUGUGCACUAAGAAGAAUUUUGGAAAUUGACAAAUUGUUGACAUGAUAUGGUUCUGUAAGAUUUAGAGUUGUCAAAACAAAAGAGGCACGUAAAAGUUGGGAAAAGAAAUGUGUUAUAUGAUUGUUGGACCUUGAAGCUGCAGUUCUACUGUUGCCAGAGAGGUGGGGCUGUUUAAGAACAGGUUGACUGUAUGUUAUAGUAGGUUGCAAUGUUGAUAAAUUUUGCAUUUCCCUUUUGAAAAUACUAAAAACUAUAGAUAUGUGCUGAAAGAGAUUGCUAUUAUAUAUAUACAGUAGUUACUUGCUUCCAUGUGAUGCAAUUGUACAUACUAAAGUCAGAAAUUAUAUAUAUAUAGUUCAGCGAACAAUACUGAAAAAAAUAAUUGAGAAUGAAAGUUAUUUUUGUAAAGCUAGAAGGACAAUGUCCCUUGUAGUUUUGUUGGAUUGAAAAAGAAGGCUAGGCUGUAACCCAAAUGAGGUUAAUACCUAGGUAGUGUGGAGAUUGCAGAGGAUCCUGAAGUCAGUUGGAAGGGUACAGAUAAUGGCUAUCUGUUAUAUGGGAAGGUUUUACUGUAUACUCUCUUGUACAUUUUAUUUGAAAACAUUGUACAUAAAACUAGUUUUUCCUGUUA